GAAGAGAAGGAGAAAGAAGAGGGCUACAAUAACAAUUCACAGGACGAUGAGAGUUCACUGAAUGAAUCUCUGUCUGAUUUGGAGGAUGAUGAGGAUAGUCUAGAUGAUGAGGAGUAUAUGACAGAUGAUGAAUCUCUGGAGGAUGAGUACCUGGAGGAGGAUGAGUAUCUGGAUGAGAAGACAUUUUUGCAAAGAGAAAUGUAUCCAUUUAAAGAAGCAUAUGUGGAAGAGAAAGUAUUUCUAAAAGAAAAGGCAUUUCAGAAGCACCUGGAAGAAGGUGAGAGCACAGUUCCCAGUACCUCCCAUGAAAUCCACCCUUCGGCUACCACUCCUCUUAGCUCUGAACAUGACCUGAAGUUUGCCACAUCUUCUUACCACAAUGUAUCAGGAAUCUCCGCUUCUCUAAGAGACCAGAGCAGUCAGACAGAAUGGGCCUACAAAAGCAAGAUGGGAGCAUCCUUAAGAUCGAAAAGGGCAGGACUGGCUCAGGAUUCCUCUUCCUUCUUAGCACUGAAGUCACACUUAAAAGAGACCUUCCAUCAAGAGGCCUUUUGGGAGACGCUAAUGAGUGGGCCAUUUGACAAGGGCAAAGAGGAAGCCAUUGAGUCUCUCCCCAGCUCCUACCAGUCUGUGUUUAGUGACAUACUCAGCGAGCUGGCGUACCACCACCAGCUGGAAGAGGACCUGGACAUGCCCCUGAAUAAGAUGUUGGAGGGCGACAACAGGAAGAAGCUGGGGAUCUUGUUAAAGAAAAAUUUUGAGAAAUACAGAGAAACAAUUCUGUGGAUUGUGAAAAAACGUGAAGCAACAGGUCAGAAGAUGCCAGAGAAGAGUGUCACUGUUACAUACCUAAUUUCAACUCUGGAGCAGCCCAAGAAGCCUGAGCAGCCUGAGGCACAAAUGGUCACAAAGGGUCCUCGUUCUAUUGCCAAGACGUUAGUGCUAGACACAGGAUGGAUACGAGCAAAGAUGAAGCUACAUCAAAGUGAUGGAAAAAUAGCUGCCUACCAGAACGGAAAGGCCUUCCAGAUUCUUUUUCCUGACGGCACAGGCCAGCUAUACUAUCCAUCAGGGAACCUGGCCCUACUCAUCUCCUGCAAAGGAAUCGCAAAGGUCACGUAUAUUGUUCUGGAGGACAGUACAAAACCGAAGGUCCUAGGCCUUGCCACCAAUUCUGGCCAUGCCACCUUCUACGAUGGGGAUGGAAAGAUGUGGUUGUGCCUGAGCAAAAUCCUGGGCUUUUACUUCCCCAAAGACAAGCACCAGAAGGCCUGGAACUGGUGGAAUCUGAGAAUGCACGUGCAUGCACCCCCUGUCAUGAGCAUCAGUUUGAAACUCAACAAGCACAUCCAUAUACAAAUAAGUAGCCAGGACAAGAUCGUCUUCUGCUUCUUCACCCCCAAACAGAAGCGGAUUUGUUUAAACAUGGGCACCAGGUUCAAGAUUAUAAAUCCAAAACUGCUAAAAGCGAUGGAAAAAAAGGUGGUCCUGGAGACAGACACCCGCCCAACGUCAUGGAAGAUCCAAGGCCUUCUGGGAAAAAUAAGUCAGUGCCUGAAUCUCACAAGCCUGUCUGAAUUGGAAGCCUUCAUAGCAGUAGCCCACGUGGCGCUCGAGGACCUCCGUGCAAAGAAAUCUCGAAUCUGGUUUUAG